AUGAGUAAAUCUGUGGGCCCCCUCAAGGGGCAGGAGCAGCUGCUGCUGGAGCCUAUGGCUGCUGCUGCUGGUGCUGCUUCAGCAGCAGAUGAGUCCUCCCGCUACCCGUCACCACCCCCACGCAACAGCAGCAGCAGCAGCAGUAGCAGCAGCAGCAGCAGCAGCAGCAGCAGUAGGGAUGCUGCAGGGUUGCUUCCUGGUGUACGUGAUGGUUUGUUAGGAGAGGUGUCUAUGGGGGAGCCUGAUAGAGCAGCAGCAGCAGGAGCAGAAGUGCUGCUGCGAGGCUAUCUCUUCGGGCAGCUAGCGAAUGUAACAAAGGCAGCACUUUGGUGGGCUUCGUUCGGGGUUUUAUCUGUCUCCUUAUGGGGGGGCCCUAUGGGUGUAGGGGCUCUACGUCUAGCAUUUAAUGCAGCACUUGUUUGUGUGUCUCCUGCAGCAGCAGCAGCAGCAGAACGUUUCUCUGUGAAGCAGUUGCUGCUUGUGACAACUGGGGGGCGGUGUCUAGUAUGGAGUUUGCUGCUUCCUGCUGCUUGGCUUGGGGUGUACAUACACCUCGAUCGUCCGCUGCUAUUCUGGGGGCUUGCUGCAGCUCUUGUCUUCAUUGACGGUGUAUUUGUUUCUUUAGCUAAUGUUGUAGAUGCAGACUGCGGAGGCUUAGAUGCUGUUGGGGCCCACGUAGGGGUGUCUCUAGGAGACAGACUCAGAGAUAAACUCAUGCAGAUACACCGCCUAACUUUUGAAGUGUCGUUCGUCUGCUUCACUGCCCCUGUUGCGCUGCUGCUGCUGCUGCUGUGGACCCACUGCACCAUCACCACCACCACCAUCAGCUUCAGCUUCAGCAGCAGCAGCAGCAGCAGCAGUUUGCCUCCUUUCUUGCUGCAGCUAGCCCACCUCAUACAGCAGUAUACUCCGCAUGCAGACUCUUCUCGUUUGGGGCUUGUCUUCUCUCAAGCGUUUGUUUUCGGUGUCUUGUCUGCUGUCUCUCUCGCCUUCUAUGCAUGCGGAAUUCGCUCCAGUGUACCUGCUGCUCCCGAAGCAGCAGCAACAGCAGCAGGAGCAGCAGCAGCAGGAGGAGGGGCAGGGACCCAGCAGCAGCAGCAUCAGCACCAGCAGCAGCAGCAGCAACAGCUGGGGAGGGCCUGCUUCGGGGGGGCAGGAGAAGGGGGCCCCCUGGGGGGAUGGGGGGCCCCUGAAGGCUUAGGAGACAGUUUGUGCAGUGAAGACUCUCUAACAGAUUAUACAGGAGACAGCGGAGGGGGUGUGGGGCUAAGAGAAGAAGUGCUGCUGCGUCUGAGAGACAUAUACAGAGGUUUGCUGCUGGCUUUGAAAGAGAGACAGGUGGGGGCCCAGGUGCUGCUGCUAGCUGUUGAUACAGCGCUGGAGGAUUCAGUUGUCUCUGUGCUGCUGCCGCUGCUCUGUCUGUACACCCCAAGUUUGUUUGCUGCUGCGCCUACCGAGGCCCUUUCUGCUAAUGCUUGGGCAGCGUCUCUUAUUGCUGUGGGGAAGGCUGGGGGGUUUGCAGGGAGUGCAUUAAUGAGGUGUAUGUGGAGACACCCUGCAGCAGCAAAGAGAGACAGCAGCUACAGAGUAUUGUUCUUCUGUCUCCUCUUCGGGUCUCUAGCGCUGUGGCUGGUGCCGCUGGCGCUGUUGCUGCAGCAGCGAGGAGACACUUCAGACUCUGUCUGUUUGCUGCUGGUGUUUGUUGCUGCUUUCUUAUUUUAUGCAUGCAGUGCAGCCCCAAAGACAGGUGCUGCAUUGCUGCUGCAGGGCCUACUAAGCUCUCAUCAGCAAGCCUAUAGUCUCUUUGGCUUUGUUGGUGUAUUUGUAACAGUUGUAGAUGCAGCACUUAUUCUUCUUGUUAAUGUUGUUUUUGUUUUCUUGCUUCCUCAAGGCCCUGCUGUUGCUGUUGCUGCUGUCUGUCUCCUCUUCACAAUCCACGGCCUCUUAGAGGCUACACUGGGGCCCCUCCUCGUUCUAGACCCUCCAGACACCCCAAAUGAGGGUAUGGAGGAGGGGGGCCCCCUACAAGGGGGCCCCCUACAGGGGGUAGGGGGCCCGGGCCCCCAUCAAGACCAAGGGGGCCCCCUUGAUCCGGGGGCCCCCUUCCACGGGGGCCCCCUUGAUGGGGGCCCCCCUUCAAGCCACGCUAUAGGGGGACAGUUUCAUCAUAAUAAUAACAACAACCCCACCUUCGGAAGAAACAAAAGAGAAAAACCUACACCAAGGCCUGUAAGCUCUCUGCUUCUUAGAGAAGGCUCUCUACCCUCUACAGCAUGCCCCACUAACGGAUGCAGCAGCAACUGA